GUGCUGUGUGUGAUUGCUCUGGUCUCUGUCCUGUUCAUGCUCUGUCUCUGAAUCUUCUCGUUGGAGAUGUCCUCUCUCUCGUCUUCUUUGAGAGUCUGCAGGGGGAUCCUCAAAGAGCUGCGCGCGGCACAAGGGUCAAAAUACAAACAGACUCUGGUGUAUAAUUAUGUCAUGGACCAGUUUCGCAAAAAUAAAGUGACAGGAGAGCGUUACUGCAGGGCGCAGCAGGAGGCUCACCACGCGGCUCAGACUUACCUCUGUUUACUGUCAUCCACGAGAAAUCACAUGAUCCUACACAACCUGUACCACGGCAAAGGAGACGGCAGCGUGGAGCAGGCGGCGAGCCUCGUGGGUCUGCGCUUACCCUCACAGCCCGGAGGAAAAGGCUGGGAGGAAUAAAAGGAAAAGUCAUUAUUCACCAGGAUGGAUCUGGAAGCACGUUUGGAAGUGACAGAGUAAUAUUUACUUCAUCAGAGUAAAUCCUUAAAGGACAUCAUUUUGUGGAAGAACAGCGUCAUGUUGUGGGCAAUAAAAUAAAGAGUACUUUGUGUACUUUGUGUACUUUGUGUACUUUGUGUACUUUGUGUACUUUGCUUUAACCAUUUUAACAUGUGGUUAAAUUGAUCCGUGUGAAUAAGAUGAAGUGUGUUGUUUUGGGUUUUUUGGCUGUAUAAAGGGCUUAAUUAUAAUAUAAAUGUGCAUUUAUCAUAAUAAAUGUGUCCUGUGCAUU